CGAACCUCCCUCUUCGCGCCGAAUGGUUCAGUCUAAAGAUGGCGGCUUCCAUGCUGCAGCGUUGUCUGUCUCCUGUAAAAACAUUUACUAAAUGCGUCAGUUACACAUCGAUCGUCAGGAGAUGUCUGCUGUCCUCGGCGUACACAGACUCUACUGUCUGGGAUCAGAGACCGAGAGACGUACAGGACCUGGGUCAGCUGGCCUCUCUGAUGGACAGAACAUACGCGAGGAAACUUCCGGUCAGCUCUCUGCUCAUCGCCAGGUUCAUAGAUAACUUAUCAUCAAAAGAGGAAGUGGAUCAAGCACAGUAUUAUCUUUAUAAGUUUCGUCACAGUCCAAACUGCUGGUAUCUUCGGGACUGGACCAUCCACAGCUGGAUCCGACACUGUCUUAAAUACGGUGCCAGAGAUAAAGCCCUAUACUCGCUGAAGAACAAGGUUCAGUUUGGCAUGUUUCCUGAUGACUUCACCUUCAAUCUUCUGAUGGACUCCUUUAUAAAAGACGAGGACUUUAAAGGAGCUUGUUCGGUGGUGGAGGAAGUGAUGCUUCAGGAGUCGUUUGAGCGAGUCUCCACACAGAUUCUGUCCCUUUAUGCCCUCAGUAGAUAUCUGGCGACCAAGCCUGAGCUCAGUUGGCAGGAGGAGAGGAGCAUGGGAGCGUCUCUGAUGUUGGCUGGACUGAAGCUGGAGAACUCCGUCGGAUUCAGCGCUCGGCUUCUGGGAUUGGCUCUUAUUGGUAAAGUCGAGCUGUCCCGAGGGAUUCACGCCGUGUUUCACGAGAUGCCCCUGAUCUGGACCUCUGGUUAUCUUGGGCGAGCCCUCGCCGUCAUGAACACUGUGUGUGACUUCAGAGACGUCAAGUUAUCGGAGGAAGUUCUGGAUCACGUGGAGAAGAUCCUGAGGGAUCUGUCAGUGAACGCUGAUGGACCAAACGUCUCUGACACGUCGCUGGAGGAAGAAGAUGAGCUGGAGACACAGAAACUACCAGAGUACAUCAGCCGCUUCAACGAGCUGAAGGAGCGACUGGUGUCCCAGGACAGGAUCGACUCGAGGAGCCUGGGGUCUCUGGUGUCGUCUCUGACGCAGCAGACGCUGGCGCUCUGUGAAGACGCAGAUAUAGCUGAGUAUCAGCAGACGGUGAGCGUCUGGGAGGCAGAGCGCCAGCAGCUCAUUCAGAGAGAGAGAGAGACGAGAGAGAAGAACCAGAAGAGCAGACUGUGACACACAGCAUUGUUUGUCGUGUUUAUUGUCUUUGGUUGGGUCGAUUGAGAGAGGGGUUGUGUGUUAAUGUUAUUUGGAUUCCUUUUCAACGCUCUGUAAAUCUGAACAGUAUAAAUAAACAUUGAAAAUACUCUUA